AUGGCGGACGCACUCUCUAUCGAGCAGAACAACAAGAUCCGAGUUGCUCUUGGUCUUGCGCCGCUUCCUGUCCCCGGCGCAGCUAACGAUGGCCCGGCGUUCAAGUCCGCAGCUGGCGAUGAAUCUGCGUCGUCUGACGGCGAGGAGCCGGCCAGCACACUAGAGACCCGAGAAGCACAAGGCUACGAUAACUGGAAGGCUAUACAGGAGGAGCGUGAGGCACAGCAGAAACGAGAGGCCCGAAAAGAUGCUAUUCGACGAGCUCGAGAGAACGCGCAGCGGAUGGCGAAGCUGGAGGGCAAGGGACUCGGCGAAGGUGGUGACGAUGCCGAGCUGGAUACACGAUCAUGGCUGAUGCAGCAUAAGAAGAAACAAAAGAAGAUUGAAAAGGAGCGCGCCAAAAGACUUGCUGAAGAGCUCGCGGAACGAGAACAGCAGAUGGCGGAAUAUACCUCGAAAGACCUGGCUGGAGUACGAGUUGCGCAUGAAAUUGGCGACUUUGACGACUUUGAUGAGAGUGGGGAGAAGGUUCUUACGCUCAAGGAUACGACUAUUGACGAAGAUGAGGAAGAAGGGGCCGAGCUGGAGAAUAUACAUAUGCGAGAAGGCGAGAAGACGAAGGAGAGGCUGGCGCUGAAGAAGAAACGGGUGGCAUAUGACCCUAACGAUAUGGAUGGGAGUGGUACUAUUCUAUCACAGUAUGAUGAAGAGAUUGAUGGGAAGAAGAGGAAACAUUUCACGCUUGCAUCGGGGGAGCUUACACCACAGGCUAGGGAAGCCAAGCGGCAGGAUGUGUCGUCGAAGCUAAAGAUGGAGCCCGUUCACCUGGACGGACUGCUGGAGAAAGAAGUUGCUGCAUCGGACUACAUGGAUGCCUCGGAGAUAAAAGUGAAGAAACCCAAGAAAAAGAAAGCCAAGAGUACCAGGAAGAGACAUGUUGAGGAGGAUGAGGAGACAUCUACACCCGCCGCUCCAUCCGAUACCAAUGGUGACCAGAUGGAGAUGGACGGGGGAGGGCCGGAGAAGAUGACCGCUGGGUCCACUGUCCCGGCUAAACGGCCGCAGGAAGAUAUAUCAUUUGUCGAUGAUGACGAUCUACAAGCUUCUUUGGCUGCUCAGCGGAGAGCAGCAUUCAAGAAGAGAAAGAAAGUUCGCCCUGAAGACCUUGCUCGACAGCUCAGAGAAGAAUCAGAGCAAGCACAAAACGCAAUGGAUGUUGAUGGAGCUGAUGGAGAUGAAGGUGGCCUGAUCUUGAAUGAAACCUCAGAGUUUGUCGCCAAUCUUCAGAAGCCGGCGCUACUUGAACGGGCACGCUCAGCGUCGCGUGAACCUACAGCUGCUACUGCUGAAACUCCAGCCAAUCCGCCGCAUGCACUACAACCCACAGUAGAAGAGGAAGCUUCUGAUGUGGAGAUGGAGCCAGCGUACACCGUGGUCGAACAGGAGCAGACGGAGAGGCAGUCGGCAGAACCACAGGCAGACAUCACGGCCACCGGCCUAGAGGAAGAAUCAACACUUGACCAAGGCCUGGGCGCGACUCUAGCCAUGCUCAAACAGCGCGGGCUUGUGACUGCAAAUGAACAGGACGGCCGGUCUAUCAACGCGUUGCACCGCGAUCGCCAACGCUUCCUGGCUGAAAAACGCCGCCGUGAAGCCGAAGCAGAACGCCUUGCCAGAGCCCAGCGAGAACGAGACAGAGCCUCGGGUAAGCUCGACCGCAUGUCUGCCCGGGACCGUGAAGAGUAUGCUCGCUGGGAGAACAAGCAGCGUGACCAGCUUGAGUCACGGGCGAUGGCGGACGUGUUCAACCGCGAGUACAAGCCUGAUGUUCAGCUGAAGUAUGUUGAUGAAUUUGGCCGCCGGAUGAACCAGAAGGAGGCGUUCAAGCAUCUCAGUCACCAGUUCCAUGGCAAGGGAAGUGGGAAGAUGAAGACUGAGAAGCACCUUAAGAAGAUUGAGGAUGAGAAGAAGAGGGAGGCAAUGAGUACGUUGGAUAGUAGCCAGAACACAGGCAUGAAUAACGCUAUGGGGGCCACGGCGAAGAAGAACCGCCAGGCUGGCGUGAGACUUGCGUAG